CCAAGCAGAAGAAGAUGUCAUUUCGUGUUGUGCGCAGCUCAAAAUUUCGUCACGUCUAUGGGCAGUCAUUAAAGCGGGAACAAUGCUACGAUAAUAUACGCGUCUCCAAAUCCAGCUGGGACUCCACAUUCUGUGCGGUCAAUCCAAAGUUUCUGGCCAUCAUUGUGGAGUCGGCGGGCGGCGGCGCGUUCAUUGUAUUGCCACACAAUAAAGUUGGACGCAUUGCGGCGGAUCAUCCGCUGGUGGGCGGGCACAAGGGUCCGGUGCUGGACAUUGCGUGGUGUCCGCACAACGACAAUGUGAUUGCCUCGGGCUCGGAGGAUUGUGUGGUCAAGGUGUGGCAAAUACCCGACGGCGGACUGUCGCGCACACUCACCGAACCCGUCGUGGAUCUGGUGUUCCAUCAGCGUCGCGUCGGCCUCGUGCUCUGGCAUCCAUCGGCGCUCAACGUCCUGCUCACCGCCGGCUCCGACAAUCAGGUAGUCAUCUGGAAUGUGGGCACCGGGGAGAUCCUUGUGCACAUUGACUCACAUCCGGAUAUUGUGUACAGCGCCUGCUUCAACUGGGAUGGCUCCAAGCUGGUCACCACGUGCAAGGACAAAAAGAUACGCAUCUAUGAUCCGCGCAGCGCCGAACUGGAAAGCGAGGCCAUGUGCCAUGAGGGCUCAAAGGCGACACGCGCCAUCUUUCUGCGACAUGGCCUGAUCUUCACCACCGGCUUCAAUCGCAGCUCGGAGCGUCAGUAUUCGCUGCGCGCGCCGGAUGCGCUCAACGAGCCGAUUGUCAUGGUGGAGCUGGACACAUCGAACGGUGUCAUGUUCCCGCUCUACGAUGCGGACACAAAUCUGAUCUAUCUGUGCGGCAAGGGCGAUUCUGUGAUUCGUUAUUUUGAGGUGACGCCGGAGCCGCCGUUUGUGCACUACAUCAACACGUUUCAGACGCCGGAUCCGCAGCGUGGCAUCGGGCUGAUGCCGAAGCGAGGCUGUGAUGUAACCACCUGCGAAAUCGCCAAGUUCUAUCGCCUGAACAACAACGGUCUGUGCCAGGUCAUAUCGAUGACGGUGCCGCGCAAAUCCGAUCUCUUCCAGGAGGAUCUCUAUCCGGACACCCUGGCCGAGGAUGCGGCGAUCACGGCCGAGGAAUGGAUCGCCGGCAAGGAUGCCGAUCCGUUGACCUUCUCGCUCAAAGAUCGCGUCUCCAUUGUACAGGGUGGCUACGUCUCCUCGUCGGGCAACAAUUCGCUGUCCGUCAGCAAGAAGGCGAACAUACUGAACAAGGCGUCCGCAUCGCGUGGCGGCGGCGGCCUGGCCAGUGGCAAUCAUUCAUCCGCGAACAACAACGAGUCCCACGAUGGAGGUGCGCCCGCAGCGAUAUUCUCGGAGAAGGAUCAUCGCAACAUUUUGGAUGAGAUACGCAAGCUGAAGGCGAUCAUUGUCAAACAGGAGAAUCGCAUACGUGCCCUAGAGGCCAAGGUGAACGCGGCCGCCGGCGAUGAAACGGAUGCCCGCAAUAGCAACAAAAACGGCAGCGGUCAAGCAGCGGCUGCGACAUCGGCGGCGGCGGCAGCGGCAGCGGAAAGCAGCCAUGCCAGUGAAAGUGCCAAUGAUCAUGCUGCUCCCGCGUCAACGGCGGGCAAUGCACACGACGAGGAUUAGUUACCAGCGGGCGAAGGACAUAAAGAGGGAGAGAGAGAGCAGGCGAGGUUAACCUAGAGAGAAGGAGAGAGAGAGAGGGGGAGCAGCAGCAGCUCGUCGUUAUCGUUUGAAUUUCUCUUGAAUGGAAAAUGUUUAUAUUUUGUACACGCUAAAUGAGAGUUGUCGUCGUCUAUGAUUAUGAUUUCGAUUAUUUAUUUUAUAUAAUUUAAUAUUAGGUCUUUUUACGAGCAAAAUGAGUUGCAGAUCAACGUCAGAAAACAGCAGAGCAGUUCAUACAAACACACACACACACACACACACACACAAGAAUCCUGCCAAAAAGAAGAAUGCAAAUAAAUAAAAAAUUUAAAUAUAUAGCCUAACGAACUACCUAAAAGUCGCGCCCAAUAAGUCGGAGGAGGAGUCUGUCUGUCUUUGCGAGCUGUGUUUUUUUUUUUGUGUAUCGCAGGAAAUGUGAAAUUGUUGUAAAUGUAACAAAAAAAGAAAAAAAAAAAAAACAAAAUCAAAGUAUAGACUAAAUUGCAAUCAUCUAAAAGUAAUGCUAUAUCCUACCAAUUUACAUACUUUUCUAUACAUAUACAUAUACAUAUUUAUAUAUAUAUAUACACAUAACUGUUACCCCCCUAUUGAGGCAAUAUAUUCAUGACAAUAGCUUUUAUAACGAUUAGGCAUACGCAUACCGCCGCCGCUUUCAUUAAACAACAAACAACAAAAA